GUCCGCUAGAUUUGGACACUGACUAUAGUUGAGAAGUGACAGCCAACUUGUCCAUUUGAGCCUGUUCCCUUUUUCCGUUGCCAGGGAGGAGUAAGGGGCUCUGUCGCAAUCAACCAUACUUGUGCGAAAGUUUCAGAGCGUUUGUUAACCGUCGAAUGGGUUCCUUAGAUACACCGACGAGCGUAGAGAACGGGGCCACCACACACUCCGGCGCCAAGCGCGAUGAAGAUGAAACCCUAACGCUAGCUGCUGGGGAGGCAGCGCCUCCGGCGGCCGUGGGAUUGGAGGGUCCGUUCAGGAAGAGAAACGCAUCAGGAAUGCUUCCUCUGGAAGUUGGUACUCGCGUGAUGUGCCGUUGGAGGGAUUCUAAGUACCAUCCGGUCAAGGUCAUCGAGCGCCGCAAGUUGCUCCCUGGUGAAGACGACGACGAUUAUGAAUAUUACGUUCACUACACUGAGUUUAACAGAAGGCUAGAUGAGUGGGUGAAGCUUGAACAACUUGAUCUUGAUUCGAUAGAGACUGCCGUUGAUGAGAAGGUGGAGGAUAAGGUGACCGGCCUAAAAAUGACUCGUCACCAGAAACGAAAGAUUGAUGAGACUCAUGUGGAGGGCCACGAGGAGCUUGAUGCUGCCAGCCUUCGUGAACAUGAAGAAUUCACAAAAGUGAAAAAUAUAGCUACUAUAGAACUUGGACGAUAUGAAAUCGAGACAUGGUAUUUCUCUCCUUUUCCUCCAGAGUACAACGACUCUUCAAAGCUGUACUUUUGUGAGUUUUGUCUCAACUUCAUGAAGCGGAAAGAACAGCUCCAAAGGCACAUGAGGAAGUGUGAUCUUAAGCAUCCCCCUGGUGACGAGAUAUACCGAAGUGGAACACUGUCAAUGUUUGAGGUUGAUGGUAAGAAGAACAAGGUCUAUGCACAGAAUCUAUGCUACUUGGCGAAAUUGUUUCUUGAUCACAAGACCCUUUAUUAUGAUGUUGACCUCUUUCUCUUUUACAUUUUGUGUGAAUGCGAUGAUCGAGGAUGCCACAUGGUUGGGUAUUUUUCCAAGGAAAAGCAUUCAGAAGAAUCCUACAAUUUGGCCUGCAUUCUUACGCUUCCUCCUUAUCAGAGGAAAGGCUAUGGAAAAUUUUUGAUUGCAUUCUCAUAUGAACUUUCCAAGAAGGAAGGGAAAGUGGGUACACCUGAAAGACCUCUUUCUGAUCUGGGAUUGUUGAGUUACAGAGGUUACUGGACGAGGGUUCUUUUAGACAUCUUGAAAAAACACAAGGGCAACAUUUCUAUCAAGGAGCUGAGUGACAUGACAGCCAUCAAGGCCGAGGAUAUUUUGACAACUCUUCAGAGCCUCGAAUUGAUCCAGUACAGGAAAGGACAACAUGUCAUCUGUGCGGAUCCAAAGGUUUUGGAUCGUCAUUUAAAGGCUGCUGGCCGCGGUGGUCCCGAGGUUGAUGUUGGCAAACUAAUAUGGACUCCAUACAAGGAGCAGGGUUGAUGAUGCAAGUUCCUCCCAAUUGAACGCUCCUCUUCUCCUUGGCUUAAUAGAAUUUAGUACUGCUUCAUAACUACUAUUUGUGCAUAGAAUUGUAUCACUGUAUAAAUGUCUAGGCAAGCACAAAUUUGUUUGGCCGUUUUCUACUUGAGUUCCCAAAUAAUGUUCUUUUCUUGUGUAGGUAAUUCCCGAUUUUCUUCUUUACAAA